UGCAACCCUCUGAGAUAUCCCGUCAUCAUGAGCAAGGAUUCCUAUGUGACCAUGACAGCUGGGUCAUGGUUUGCAGGGGCUGUAAACUCUGCAGUACAAACUGCGUUUGUGGUACAAUUGCCUUUCUGCAGGAAUAAUGUCAUCAAUCAUUUCUCCUGUGAAAUUCUGGCUGUCAUGAAAUUGGCCUGUGCAGACAUCUCAGGCAAUGAGUUCAUCAUGCUCGUGGCCACGACAUUGUUCAUAUUGACACCAUUGUUACUAAUCAUUAUCUCUUACACAUUAAUCAUGGUCAGCAUCCUCAAAAUUCACUCUUCUGAGGGGAGAAGCAAAGUCUUCUCUACCUGCUCAGCCCACCUGACUGUGGUGAUCAUAUUCUAUGGAACCAUUCUCUUCAUGUACAUGAAGCCCAAGUCUACAGAGACACUUAAUUCUGAUGACUUGGACGCUACUGACAAACUCAUAUCCAUGUUCUAUGGGGUGAUGACUCCCAUGAUGAAUCCUUUAAUCUAUAGUCUUAGGAACAAGGAUGUGAAAGAGGCAGUGAAACACCUAUUAAAAAGAAAAGUUUUUAACAAGUAA